AUGUUUUUCUAUUUCAAAAUUAUCUUUUCUUUGUUCACUUCUUUUUUAUUUGCACCCUCACCACCACCACCACCACCAUCACUAUCAAUACUUUUUUUUCUUUCUUCUGCUUUUGGUGACUUUUCAUUCGGCUUUUAUUUUCCUUUCUUUCUUUUUUUUUCAUUUUCUUUCUUUCUUUUAUCUAUCUAUCUAUCUAUCUAUUUUUUUUUUUUUUCUUUCUUUUUUUCUUUCUUUUUUUUCUUUCUUUCUUUCUUUAUUUCUUUUUUCUGUUCAAGUCGUAUCUUUUGGUUCUGGUUUUAUUUCCCUUUCUUUUUUUCUUUGUUUCUUUCUUUCUUUCUUUCUUUCUUUCUUUAUUUAAUUAAUUAUCUAUUUAUUUAUUUAUUUACAUUUCCAGCGAUGAGAUUAGUUUCUGUUUUUAAUCUUCCUUCUUUCUUUCUUUCUUUCUUUCUUUCUUUGUUAAUGUUUUAUAAUUAUUUUUUUUACAAUUCCACCAGUGUUUUAUUUCUUUUUUUAAUUUUCUUUUCUUCAUCUUUCUUUCUUUCUUUCUUUCUUUCUUUCUUUCUUUCUUUCUUUUCAAGUCGUGUCUUUUGUGGUAAGUUUCUGUUUUUAAUUUUCUUUCUUCCUUUCUUUCUUUCUUUCUUUCUUUCUUUGUAUUUUCAUUUCUUCAUUCCUUUAUUACUUAUCUCUCUCCUAUUUUCUUCCUUUCGUCCUUCAUUCUUUUUCUUUUUCAUUACCAUUUCUUGGUUUCUUACUUUCUUUCUAUUUCUUAUUUCUCUCGUUCUUUUUCGUUUUUCUUUCUGUCUUUCUUCACCUGAUACAUGUAUAAUCUUUCCUUUUCUUUCUCAAUCCCAACUUCCGGUACUCAUGUUUUUUUUUACUUUCGUAUCUACCAUUAUUGACUUUUUCAUCUUUUGCAUAUUUUUUUCGUUCACCUUCCUUCUAUCAAUAUUCCUUCCUUAA